AGACACAGCGAGAUCAAAGGAGCAAAUACCAAAAGACAGCAGCAGAAGAAACCCGGACCAUAGGUGGCCAAGAGGAAAUCCAGUGCAGGUUGAAGAAAUAGCUCAGUGGGGUGACGAGAGGAAUGUCGCACCGCAUAUAGGUGUGGCCUGAGAGGCAUGAAGAGUCGCCAGGGAAAGUGAAAGAGAAUAUUUGUGGAUCGAUGGGGUGCAGGAAGAAGAUUUCAUAGAAGGAGCCGGAAGAGAGGCACUGGCAAAAAAAAAAUCUGGGUGAGUCAAGGAAUUCCUUCAGUGGAGUAGGAAGUGGGAGAAGAAAGAUUCCUCGGAAGCACUGCAAUUUCAGACUAGAGGGCUGCUAUAUCUCUUGGUCCUUCUAUUGUCACAAGUAUUUCACAACCAACUUAAGUAAUAGCAAAUUAUUUACUGACUUUAAAAGAUUGCAUUGACUAUUAAGCACAUCUCAACAGCUUCUUGGAAAGUUGUUUAGAUCCAAGUCACUGGUUUGGAAAGACAAUAGCUACUACAAUGGAGACUGGAUUGAGCUUUGAUAGGAAGAGCCAAUUGCAACCAACUUCUAAAGAUCAUUCUACUAAUGCAACUGAGCGACCAAGUUUAGUGCAUCGUGGGAAUACUGAAGAACUGAUCCCUCAGAGAACCAACCAAUCACAGGAAGGUCCUCCCAAAACAUCUCAAUGCUGGAAAGAUGCUGGGAAUGAGUCAUCGCUUGUGGUCACUCAAGUAUUGCAAUCAAUGAGCAGCCAGUCAUGGCCAGAUGCCACGAACCGCGAAAAGCUGCCAUCUAAUGAAACGGAUAGUCCUUUGAAGAGCUCAGAGCCAGCAAGUUCACCUGAAGAGAUUGUGACAGGUGUGGAUGCUGUUCCUGAGGUUGUAUCACCCUUGUCCCUUCCACUGCAAAACACAUGGAUGCUUCAACUCCACCUAGAGGAUGACAUUGAAGACUACCUGGAGGGAUUUGAGUCUGUGGCCUACAACAACCGCUGGCCCAGGGCAGAGUGGGUUGCUAAACUGAAGCCAUAUCUAAGCCGCAAAGCUCUUCUAGCCUGCAACAUCUUGGAACCCAACCUUGCCAAUGACUAUGACGUGGUCAAAGAGCGCAUCCUGCACCAAUAUGGCAUCACAACUGAAAUGCAACGCCAGUGUUUCAGGCAGUUCCGUUACCAGGAAGCCACGGGCCCCCGAGAAACCUGCCAAAUUCUCCAGACCCUUGGACAGCGCUGGUUGAAGCCAGAAAGGCACACCAAAGAACAGAUUUUGGAGUUACUAAUACUGGAGCAGUUUCUCAUCAUCCUGCCCCCAGAAAUACAAGACUGGGUCCGAGGAUGCUGUCCAGAGACUUGUGCUCAGGUCGUGGAUCUUGUUGAAAGUUUCCAGCUGGGGAAUGAGCCACCAGUGCCACUCAAAGACAUUGACGUGAAGUUCUCCAGUGAAGAGUGGGCUUUGCUAACUGAGGAGCAACGAGCACUGUAUGAUGAUGUCACGCUUGAGAACUUUCAGAAUGUGUCCACUCUGGGAAUUCCUCUAGAGAAACCAGAGAUAAUCACCCGGAUACAGCAAGGAGGAGAAUUGUAUUUUCAGAAUAAUACUAUCAACUCUCCAAAAGAUCGAUUCACAGGAAACCAACAUUCACCAACUGCUAUCCAAGGGGUGGAAAAACGUUCUGUUUUAAAGAGAGCCACAAAAACAGUUAAGGUACAAGCCAUCGCAAUGGAAGUACCUCAGGAAUAUGUAGGUCUAGGGGAAACACUUGUCAAAGAGCCUUCUUCUAGCUGUAUCAAAGAGGUUGCUGCAUCAGUGCCCCCAGCUAGUACCCUCCCCCUUAAAAAGCCAUUGAUUUCCUCAAAGAAUAAAUCUUCCAAAAGAAAGAAGAACCAGUCAUCUAGAACAGAGGAGCAGGCUUCCACAAAAGGUAGGCCUCAACCCUCAUUGCUGCAGGAAAGAUCUGGAAAAAAGGAAUCGGGAAGCCAAAUUUUGACUGCCAAAUCUGGUAAACAAAAGAAGACUCAGGUUCCUCAGGGUGCUAGUUCAUCGCAGCUGAAGAAGCCAACUGCAUCAGUAGGGCAGCACCCCAAAAAGAAAAAGAAAUCUGAGGUUCUGACUGAGCCACCCAAACCAAACAAGGAAAUCCUGUUGGGUAAGAAGAUUGUCCAGGACAAAGAGCAUCAGGUGGCAUCUCUGGAAAUAAAAGUCCGUGAAGCCACUCUCCCAGUCACCACGUGGAAUCCUCCUUUCAGUGCCACUGUGGUCUCCGAUCUCACGUGCCCAGAUUGCGGGCGGUCCUUCAAGCAGAGAUUUGACCUGCGCCAACACCGGUUCGUCCAUACCCGGGAGAAGCCAUAUGCCUGCACAUUGUGUGAAAAGUGUUUCAGACAUCCAAGCAACUUACAUAUCCAUUUGCGGACGCAUAGUGGGGAACGGCCCUAUCAGUGUCCCGACUGCGGGAAAGCUUUUUCCCAAAGUUGCAACCUUCGGACUCAUCGCAAGAUCCAUACAGGUAAUAAGCCAUACAAAUGCUUUGUCUGUGGCAAGUCCUUCUGCCAUAGCUCCAAUCUCACCAUCCAUCAGCGAAUACACACUGGAGAACGCCCUUAUCCUUGCUCAGUCUGCUCCAAACGUUUCAGUGACAGGUCCACCCUGGUGCAGCAUGAACGGACCCACACUGGCGAGAAGCCCUAUGCUUGUGUGGUCUGUGGACACAGGUUCAGCCAGAUAUCUCACCUCGUGAAGCACGGCCGCAUGCAUCCAGAUAUCGGUGACCCAGCAGGGCCCCUGAAGACCCAUCUCCCAACACUUCCAAAGGGGUCUUCAUGCCACCUGGUGGAAAAGCCUAGUCUGCAGCAGAGACACAGCUGCUCCAUUGGCAGCUCAUCGGGCCACAAAAUGGCUGCACAGCAACACCCAAACAACAUGGCUGCUCUUUCAAAAGAGGUAGAGGACAUGAGAUGUCCGUUGCAGGUCCAGGUGAAAAUGGAAACUCCCUGCCAGGCAAGUGACAGUGCAAAAGAGGGAGAAGGAAAUUGCCCUGCCACCAUUCCAUCUGCAACCAGUGAAGAGUUCACAAGAGCGGUGUCCAGGGUGAAGCAGGAGCUGGCCGAAGAGCUACCGCAGAGCUGGGAGUGCCAGUGGCAAAGGGUGCUAGAGGUGGUGCCUGCUCCCUUCAUCACUCCAGUCUGGGACAGCCAGCAGUUGCCUCCUUUGACUCAAGGGGGCAGCACCGAGGCCUACCUGGCCACCUUUGAGCGUGUGGCGGACGCUUCACAAUGGCCACGGGAAGAGUGGGUGACUCGCCUUGUGCCAGUCCUUAGUGGACAAGCUCAGCAGGCCUAUUUCACCCUGGAUGCAAAAGACAAAGCUGAUUAUGGGAAGGUGAAGGUGGCCAUUCUGAGGCUGGAUGACUAUCUCGCCCUCGAGGCGCAUCGCCAGCGUUUCAGGCAUUUCUGCUACCGGGCUGCCGAUGGGCCCCGGAUGGCAUGUCAGCAACUGCAGGAGCUCUGUCACUGCUGGCUGAGGCCUGAAGGCCAGAGCAAGGAGCAAAUCCUGGAUCUGCUCAUCUUGGAGCAGUUCCUUGUCAUCCUUCCACAGGAAAUGCAGGACUGGAUUAGGGAGCGCGGUCCGGAGACGUGUGAUCAAGCGGUGGCCUUGGCAGAGGAGUACCUGCAGGAGCAGCAGGAGACAGAGAAGUGGGCCCAACAGGUAACUGUACCAAUUGAGAUGGUGAUAGUUAAUUCUCCCACUGUAGAUCAGUCCCAGUCAGAAGCAAAACAUCUCCACAAAGAACAGGUUGACAAUGAAAAUAGUAUUUCUCAAGAAGGCAGUUUUGCCAGAAUGGGGGCAAAGGAUUUACACCAAGGAGAGUUGGAGGCAGAGGAACGAGGAUGGAUGUCUCCAGAAUUCGGGGAGGUCCUUUUCCCAAAAAGCAGUGAUCUUCCCAGAAGAUCACAUGUGAGCAAGUGUGAUUCAGAAAGGCCACAGAAAGGCAGCCUUUCCACAAGAAUGAUUAAGGACGAAGUGUUUGGGGGAGUCCCGACCGACCUAGAAACGAAACGACAUCUGUGUAAGGAAUGUGGGAAAAGGUUUCGGAAGAAGUGGGAUCUCAUCAGGCAUGAAAGGAUCCACACGGGUGAGAAACCGUAUCAAUGUCCAGAAUGUGGGAAUAGCUUCAACCGGAACACAACCCUCACAAAACAUCUCCUCAUUCAUUCAGGAGAGAAGCCUCACCAGUGCACGUACUGCGGAAAGAGGUUCACACGGCGUUCACAUGUUGUGAAUCACCAGAGACGCCACUCAUGCCAAGGAAGAUCUUGACAAAAGGAUCUACUGCUUCCAGUUUGGGCAACAGAUUGAGAAGCCCUGUAUGACCGGGGAAUAAAGGUAGCUCAGUUUGUGUCCUGCAGGGUUUGGAAUCUAGACCAAGGGUAGGAGUGGUGUGGAUUGUUGACUAUUUUUUGUUUGUCCACAUCUUGAAUAUGAUCAAAAUGAGUCUGAGGACACACAGCUCUCAGGGGCAUCCGUUCUGUUGAAUGUACAAAGGAAAAUCUGUACAUAUUUAUGCCAUUCAGUAACGAUAGGAGAACUGAGACUCAAUCCAAAUCAAAAGACUAUUCAUCCACAUUUUACUUGAUCUAGAAUGGGAGUGGAUGCUCCUGGGAAAAUUGCUAAUUUUGAUCAGUAUUUUUGUAUCGGCUAAAGCCUUGUAAAAUCAGAAAAAUCCUUUCUCUGCUUCGCUGUACUUAUGCCCAAAACAAAUGAUGCUCAUUAAGGAAGUAAGAUUUAAAGGCAAAACAUCUUCCAGUAAUGAAGCAGGCUAGCAAAAUGAUACUUGCCAGCCAUUUGGGAAAGCAGUCCACAGAUUUAACUUCUAAAGUGAUGGAGCUAGGUGGAAAAGCGAUACUAACCAUUAACUCAGGAUAAAAGAAAUUCCAAGUUUUAAGUAAGAGGCAAGACUGAUUGAUUGACCUAGAAGCACUGACCUGGUAUGCUCUUAAAUGCAAAUUUAGAUCCAGAAUAUAUUCCCAUCAUGGAGACUUCAGUCCUAUUGCACGUCAAGCUGCCCAGAUGUAGAUAUAGGUUUUGCAGUGCAAUUUGGGGAAGGCAGGCCAGAUGGGAAAACAGAAAGCAAAGUGGCCUCAUUGUACAUUAUGCUUGCUGGGAUGGAUUUUUAUAUUGCGCUGUGGCAAAUCUUUAGGAAUGAUGACACUUUUACUGCAAGGUUAGAAAACUGUGGCCUUCCAGUGGCUGCUAAAUACCAGCUCCCAGCAUUCCUCACAACUGGCCAUGCUGGAAUAAUGUGAAGUGAAAAUGACUUGGCUAUUUAAUGAUUCAUUUUUUAUUCUGUACAGUAGAAAACCAGUGCAACAUUUGUUUACAUAAUAAGUUAUUUCCCCCUUUUUAACAAACAGUCUGAAAACUGCUUAGACACUUUUGAUUACAGAAUUCAUAAAUUAAUUUUCACAAAGACAGACAUUCGUUUUAAUAUAUUGUUAAAUCAUUUUGGCUU